ACAUUGCCCUAUUCAGCAUUAACCUCGGCGUCUCUGGAAAGGCUCUUCUGUUGUAAACUCCGCAGACGACAGAAAGGGGGGAAGUGGGAAAGCGCAGAGCCUCCUGCAGCCCAAAAUGGAGCUGCUGGCAGCUACUGUGUUUCUUACAGUGUUCCUCUGUUCUAGCGCCCAAAGCCCGCCUGUUGUGGCUUCUGCGGACUGCAAGGAUGCAGAAAUAGAAAAGGACGCAGGGACGGCCCUCGACUUGAUCAAUAAGCAUCGCAGGGAAGGCUACAUUUUCACUCUGUUGCGUGUUGCCGAUGCUCAUGUACAACAUGUGGGCAAUGCCUCCAUCCUGUACUUCACUCUAGACGUAUUGGACACAGAAUGUCCUGUAUUAUCCAGGAAAAACUGGUCAUCUUGCGGGCACAGGAUUUUCUACCCAAGCACGGAAUUUGGGCAAUGCAAAGCUGUUUUGUACAAAAACCUAUUAUUCAAAAAAGAGGAACUGUUUGGAUACAACUGCACCAUAAGCCCAGUUCCACAACAUUUGUACAAGUGCAAAGACUGUCCGGUAAGGGUAACCCCCUUGCUAGAUGCUGAAAAGUACAUAGAAGAAGCCCAGAAGAUCUUGGAAAAAUAUAACCAGGAAUCCAAUGAGACACACAACUUCAGGGUGAAGAAAGUCAUAAAAGCUUUUAGUGUGAUAGGAUCUCGAAAAGGAUACUAUGUUGAAUUUAUUAUAAUGGAAGCUGACAAUCCCGAAGCUGGUUUCCCAAAAAAUGAGUCAAAAUUGAAGUUUCACUCUAAAAGACAUGGGCACAUGGGAUUCUGCACAGGAAGAGUAAUUCAAGAUCCUGAAGUGGUUGGAGCAGAUUCCUGUGUAAUUUUUGAUAUUCCUCAUGGCAAGCAUCCCUUCCACCACCAUCACCACUGUCACAAUGAUUCAGAAGAAUUCUAUCAUCGUUGCGAUGUGCCUGCGCAUGAAUGUGACCGUCCACCUCCUGGUCCACCACAUAGGGAUCAUCAUCAUCACCAUCGACCCCACCAUCACCAUGACCAUCACCCCCACCAUCACCGUCGCCAUCGCCAUCACCAUCCUCGUGAUGAUUCAAGAGAAUUCUUUAACCGUUGCAAUGUGUCUGGGCAAGAAGGUGGACCUCCACCUCCUGGUCCACCACACAGGGACCAUGAUCACCAUCAUCACCACCACCAUCCUCCUGCCCACUGCCAUCAUUGUGGGCCUCCUUGCCCUCCUGAUGGCCCCUGCAAUCACCCACGACCACCUCAUUUUCACAGACAUGGUCCCCACCGCCAACACCACCAUCACGAUCACAGGUGUAGCAACAAUGCGGACGGACAAGGAGGUUUUUCUUCUGAAGACGGUGGUUCACUGAGGCACCACCACUCUUUCCACCACGGUGAUGGUGAUUCAGUACACUACAUUCCAGUCUUGAGUCAGAAUGAUGUCCUUCAAACUCCUGGGGCCAGCUUCCUUGACCGUCAUCCGUAUGGUCCACAUAGAGGGCCCAAGGAACGGGUUUCUCCUUGCAGACACGCACACGGAAAGCCCGUUGUUCAGCCUUUCCCAGAAAUUCCUUCAGAAUCAAAAUUAUGCCCAGGGAAUAUCAAAUCGGAACCACCAACAGGCUUGUUGUUAUUAUAUCCAUCACAAUCUAAACACUGAAAUUUCCUUUAAAUGGUGCGUUUAUCUUCAGUGAAAGGGCUAUAUCCAACUAUUAGUGCCAACCAGAGUAGACUCCUUGGGUGAGCAGGGCUUGUUAACUUCUAUGUAAGUCCCACUGAUCCAGUGGAUCUACUAUGGGUGGUGCUGACUAUUGGAUUUAGCCCAACGUACCUUCAGUUUGCUUUAAAGAAUCAUUUCAUUGGCUUCAACUGCAUGGCACACUUCCUGUAAGCUGUAACCUUCUUCCUCUCCUUCCUGUCCUACCAGAGUUUGAGCAGUAUUAUAAUUAUUUUGACUCUGGAUGCAACAGUUCUAAAUAAUGAUGUUAUGUAUCAAAACCGUUCUCUUAAGAUUUCUCAGCCAAAAGAUAGAACUAGGGUGAAUCAUCUUGGGGUUUGACCAAGGGUGCUGAAAUGCAAGGGAUACAACAUGUGCCACUGGAAGGGUGUAAACUGACCUCUUGACAUUUGAUGCUGGAUGGAUACAAACCUACCGGCCCUAGGCACAGAUGCUGCCU